AUGGCCCUCAAUCGCUCUGUCAAGUUGAACUCAGGAUACAGCAUUCCAGUGGUUGGUUUAGGGACGUGGCAGUCAAAACCAAAUGAAGUAAAGAAGGCUGUUGCACAUGCACUAAAAACAGGAUAUCGCCAUAUCGAUGCAGCGGCUGUAUACGGGAACGAAACGGAAGUCGGAGAAGGAAUCAAAGCAUCAGGGGUAGACAGGAAAGAUAUAUUUGUUACGGGCAAACUAUGGAAUACAGAUCACAAGCCUGAAGAUGUGGAAGCCGCGCUCGAUUUAUCUUUACGAGACCUUCAGACUGAUUAUCUUGACCUUUAUCUGAUCCACUGGCCAGUUGCGUUCCCGCAGUCCAAGGAAAGAUUCCCGGUUGACCCCAAAACAGAGGAAAUCAUUGUAGUCGAUGUUCCAAUCAAAGACACGUGGGCAGCUUUGGAAGACCUUGUCAAAAAGGGAAAGAUUAGAAGUAUCGGGGUUAGCAACUUCACCAGAGAAAAAGUCGAAACUCUGUUAGAAACUGCCAAAAUUCCGCCGGCUGUCAAUCAGAUUGAAGCACACCCUUAUUUGCAACAACCGGAGUUGUUGAAUUGGCACAAGUCCCAGAAUAUUGCAGUGGCCGCCUACAGUCCACUUGGGAACAAUAUAUACAACUUGCCAAGAGGCGUAGAUGACCCCACUGUGAUUUCCCUCGCCAAAAGCUUGGGAAAGCAGCCAGCGCAACUACUUAUCAGUUGGGCUGUCCAGAGAGGCACUAUUGUUCUUCCAAAAUCCGUUACGCCAGAGCGUAUAAACGAUAAUUUCCAAGAUCUACUGCAUCCUUACCCCACCCUACUUCCGGCCUUCGGGUCUUCGGAAUCAGACAGCUAUUCAUCUGAGACCACAUAUAGUUCUGACUUGCACGCCCACAGUUACACAUUUAUCACAGAUUUCAUUAUGCCGGAGAUAGCAUCUAUCGAAUACUUUCGUGUACCACCUCGAUGGCUCUUUGUAAAAAUCACAGACAAAGGUGGCAAUGUAGGUUGGGGCGAAGCCUCUCUUGAGGGCCAUACCCAAGCCGUUGAGGGUUGUUUAGACGCUUAUAUCGCGAGAUACACGGGCAUGGAAGCUGAUGAUAUUGAACAUAUAUGGCAAAUGUCUUGGAGAAGUGGAUUCUAUCGUGGAGGCCCGGUUCUCAUGAGCGCAUUAUCCGGAAUCGAUAUUGCUUUGUGGGAUUUGAAAGCUAGAAGAUUAAAUGUACCCAUUUAUCAGUUACUUGGUGGAAAAGUCAGGGACAAGAUUAAAGUAUACGCCUGGAUUGGUGGAGAUAGACCUUCUGAUAUUGCCGGCCAAGCUCAGGCUAGAAAAGACCAAGGGUUUACAGCAGUCAAAAUGAAUGGUACAGAAGAUCUGGGAUGGUUUGACUCGCCAUCUGCCCUGGAUAGCUGUAUAGAACGAGUGAAAGCUGUCAAAGAGCUUGGAAUGGAUGUUGGAGUUGACUUUCAUGGUAGAGUUCAUAAGCCGAUGGCCAAGCAGCUAGCAAAGGCUCUGGAACCACAUCGACCAAUGUUCUUGGAAGAGCCACUACUUUCAGAACACAUUGGUGGCAUCAAAGAUCUUUCGCAACUGACAAGUACCCCAAUUGCCCUGGGUGAACGUCUCCAUAGUCGAUGGGAUAUUCGACCAUUCCUUGAAGCUGGUGCUAUUGAUAUUUUACAGCCAGACAUUAGUCAUUGUGGUGGGAUCAGUGAGAUGAAACGUAUCGCCACUAUGGCCGAGACUUAUGACGUUGCUCUCGCGCCGCACUGCCCUUUAGGACCUAUUGCUCUCGCAGCCAAUAUUCAGAUCGCGGCGGCUUGCUCAAAUCAUGUCAUUCAAGAAAUGAGCUUGGGUAUCCAUUACAACGUUGGCGGGCAAGACCUUACGAGUUACACAACCAAUCCAGAGGUCUGGAAGGUAACCGGCGGUUAUAUUGAUUUGAUGAAGGGACCAGGACUUGGCAUAAAUAUUGACGAGGAGCAAGUACGUAGACUUUCUCAAGGAGCGGAGCCUUGGGUGAGCCCGGGGUUCAUUGGCCCAGGCGCGACUAAUCCUGAAAUUGCCGCUUGGGCCCAAAAGUGGGAGACCCGAAACCCCCUGUCAUUUGCUUUAGCCGGAAAGCUUAACUUCCCCGCACCACCAGCUUUCAAAUAUCCGGACCAAGGACAAUUCUAUGAACCAUUAUCCUGCAGACCCCUUCGGAAGCAUUCUUCUAUGUUUCGGAUCUGA